AAAUAAUAAAAGAAGAAAGCCGGGGGCAGGGUGGGAGUUGAAAACAGCGGGGCAGAGACGAGACGAUAGAGAAUAUGACUUUGGGAUCUCCGGCGAGUUUGACAGCGCCGUUCUGCUGAGCUCCGGCGAUGGGCGAUAGCGAGCUUAUGAUAAUGGGGAGUAGAGAUAGAGACCGUGACCGUGAUCGGGAGCUUCUGAUUCCUGUCGCGAACAGCUCCCCCGGCGAUGAUGAGGCCGGCUCGUCUUCCUCUUCUUCCAAAACUUCUAUUCCCUCCUCUUCUUCGUCUGCGCGUCUCACCGGCCGCGAGGCUUUCCACAAAGUAGUUAGGAGCUGGGCUUCAAAAAAGUUCAUGACUGGAUGUGUCAUUUUGUUGCCCAUAGCAAUUACCUUCUACAUAACAUGGUGGUUUAUUCACUUUGUUGACGGCUUUUUCUCUCCAAUCUAUGCUCAGCUUGGAAUCGAUGUUUUUGGUCUUGGAUUCAUAACAUCCAUAACGUUUAUAUUCUUGGUUGGUGUGUUCAUGUCAUCGUGGUUGGGUGCAUCUGUGCUCAGCCUUGGUGAAUGGUUCAUCAAAAGAAUGCCGUUUGUUCGUCACAUAUAUAAUGCCUCCAAGCAAAUUAGUGCUGCGAUAUCUCCUGAUCAAAACAUGCAGGCUUUCAAGGAAGUGGCCAUAAUACGGCAUCCCCGAAUUGGUGAAUAUGCAUUUGGCUUCAUCACUUCAUCAUCUGUGGUUCUACAGAAUUAUAUGGAAGAGGAAGAACUCUGCUGUGUUUAUGUUCCCACUAACCAUCUCUACAUCGGCGAUAUACUGCUGGUUAAUUCAAAGGAUGUUAUCAGACCGAAUUUGUCCGUCAGAGAAGGCAUUGAAAUUCUUGUUUCUGGGGGCAUGUCAAUGCCUCAGAUCCUGUCUACAAUUGAAACCCGAACUCCAAGAGUGGAGACGAGUAGAACCGUCAGCUUUUGAUUGGAGAUCAAAAGGCAGAAAAGGAUUCUUCUGUUCCUGAAUUUUUCUCUGAAGUCAACAUCCAGGUGAAUUGGAACAGAGUUUCUGUUGAUUCGUGCGGUGUGUAGGAAAAGGGUUACUGGGUAGAGUGUAAGAUUAGCGUUAGAUUCUUGUAAUGUAACAUGUUUGAUGAAUGAAUACUGGGUUCUAGGCAGCUUUCUCUUGUUUAGAUCGUUUUUCUUCUCAGUACACAAUUAGAGUGGUUUAUCUAUAUUGGAGCUUCUUACAUGCCGUUUUCCAAUGCUUGUUCUCGAACUUCGACAUUUCCUCAUUAGGCUCAAUAUAGUAUGGGUUCGGAGUUACCAGUUUUAUU